UAUGCAUGAGAAAGUUGAUGCUCUUUGGUGAUGCAGUUUGUCUGUUUUUAAUUGAAGAAAGAAAGGCUAAUCUGCUGGGUUUUUUUAAGUGCUUCAGCAGUAUCACUUCAUCAAUAAAUCCCUGACCUGGUAUGAGGCUCAGAGCUUCUGCAGAUUAAAGUACACCGACUUAGCAACUAUAAAUAACAUGGAUGAUGAAAACCAGCUGAUCAACACACUGGACGUGACAUCGUCAUGGAUUGGACUUUACAAUGGACAGACCAACAGGUGGCUUUGGUCUGAUGGCAGCGGUGUAACGAGCUUCACCCAAUGGAGCCCUGGUGAACCAAGCAACUCUGGAGGGGUUGAGGCAUGUGGACAGAUGUAUGAUAACGGCCUCUGGAAUGACGCUCAGUGUGGAUUAGCCAUGGCUUAUGUGUGUUAUGAAAUUCAGCAGGAUGGCAGCAAGAAGUAUGUGGUUUACACACAGGGACAAACCUGGCCAAACAGUCAAGAUCUGUGCAGGCAGAAGCACACUGAUCUGGCAUGUGUGCAUACAGCACAGGAAAAUUUAGCGAUUGCUGCAGUUACAAACGCAGUGUGGUUCGGUCUGUUUAAAGAUUCCUGGUACUGGUCAGAUGGAACAAAGACCUCCUUCAGGUACUGGAAAAGAGGCGGAAGUUAUAGUGGAAACUGUGUUUCUGUGGAAGGAUCACAGCAGGGACGCUGGGUACCAGCUGACUGUAACCAGAAAGCAACAUUCAUGUGUCAAGGAGGUCUCAAGCUAAAGAAGAUGGUCAUAAAGAUGAAGGUGCAGUCUGAUGUGGAUCUCACUGACUCUACUACUUCCAGCCUAUUCCUACAGAAGUUGGAAACAAUCCUGAGAGAUCAAGGGGUGACUGAUGUCCAACUUAAAUAUGAACGUGUAUUUCAACCUCAGUUGAAGACCACUGAGAACACGGGAUGCUGAGUGCAGAAGUGCCAAUGUCGUUUUACUGCAACAUUAGUGGUUAUAGUGGUUUGUAGAGCUGAUGGAUGGAAACAGAUGAUUUAAAGAUUGUUGCGUUCCCCAGCAAAUUUAUUUACCCUAUACUUGUGUAGUUCAUAACAGCUGAUGUAUAUUCUAACCUAAGUUAUUAAGUGAAUUAAACUUUUACUUACUUUAAGAGUGUAAUUAAAACAGUAGAUCUUGUCCUCAUUUUCCCCCUAAGGUUUUUGGUCAUAAUAUUGUAACUAUGGGUGGGAAGAAGAACCUAUGCAACAUAACAUUAAAUAUUGUAAUAAUAUAAACUCAAAAUCAAAGUGCUUAUAAUAGAUGCAAAUCACUUUCAAGCUUUGAAAACUUUGCAUUACAGUGCUUUGGACAUGGCAUCUAAGUGCUUUAUUUUGAAAAGACUUUCAAUUUUUAAAAAACAAUUGUGUGAAGAAAAUUUUUUUUCUGCUUCUUUCAGUCAGUAGAAAAAAAAACAUAUUUAUAGCUGCAACCAGACUGCUCCAUUACUUUGUAGUGACUCUCAUGUUUUCAUUUGGUCACCAUAUUGUUAUACGAUAGCCAUCUCUCCUAAUCUGUGUUUAUGGAGGCAUGUGUUCUGUCUACAAUAAAAUAACUCUCUGAAUGUUGAACCUUCUUAUCCAGUGUUUUUCUGUUGUAUUUAUCCCCCCUUGCCUCACAGCACAGGUCUGAGAGAGAUCAUUUUUAAAACUAACAGUCUGAGAUCACCCGGACAGGUAAAUCUCAGCCACGAUAAAACCUUUCCAAUAACUCUGGUAAGAUGUUCUAGUCUAUCCCAAAAAAAAUACAGUCAUCCACAGUGGCUUCAUGUGUCUGGCCCGUCGGUGUGUGGGAGCUGAGUCUUCAGUCCUGCAGAGAAUACAUGCAGGAAGAGGUGGAACUUCAUUUUUAUGGGCACACAAUCGGCCAAUCACAUGCAAAGACUGAGAUCACACCAUUAUGUGAAAGAAGGGCAGACGUUCUGAAGACGGUGGUACAGGCCAGGUAUGCAGAGAGAUGGGGAGCUGCAUUUAAAUGCAAGCGUGUCAGAAAAAGUAACAAGUGAACACAUAAAAUGAGCAGCAUCUGACUACAUUUCACUGAUGUUGGAGACUGCAAAGCUGAAUGCAGGAUUUAUAAAAUUAGGAGAUGGAUAAUGUGAUACGCAUUUUUAUU